CCUCGGAGUCCCUGGGGACCUGGGAAGGAGCGCGGGCCGUGAGGUCUCCCGCCCCCAGCCCCUAGCCUGUCGAGGCAGAACCGACCAGCCCCUCCCCACUUCCGCGAGGGGGCAGGGGCGGGGUCACGAAAUAGGCCUUUUGCCCGGGGGCGGGGCUUUUCCUAAGGGGCAAGGCCAAGGCAUCCCGAAUUGGGACUGGCAGGGGACAGGGCAGAGGGUUAUUAAGGCUGUGGCGGGAGGAUGCCCAGGGUAUUGGGGUCAGGGUGGCAUUAGCCCAGCUCAAGCCGGGCUGGGCUGACGCAGCAUCCUGCCGCGGCCAACCCCCGUCCCUGACAGCUCUGCUGUCCCUUGGGCAGAGAUGGGAGAUGGCGCCGGUGCUGCCCCUGGCGCUGCCCCUUCAGCCCCGCAUUCGUCUGGCGCAGGGUCUCUGGCUCCUCUCCUGGCUGCUGGCGCUGGUCGGUGCCCUCACCCUCCUCUGUAGCGGGCACCUCCUGGUCCAGCUGUGGCACCUUGGCACCUUCUUGGCUCCCUCCUGCCCGGUCGCUGCCCUGCCCCAGGUUGCCUUGGCAGCCAGUGCAGUGGCUCUGGGCACAGGACUGGUGGGUUCAGGAGCCAGCAGGGCCAGUCUGGAUGCAGCUCAAUACCCUCCCUGGCGAGGGGUCCUGGGCCCGCUGCUGGUGGCUGGCACAGCUGGUGGCGGGGGGCUCCUGGUUCUUGCCCUGGGGCUAGCCCUGGCUUUACCUGGGACUCUGGACACAGGACUGGAGGAGGGCCUGGGGACUGCCUUGGCUAACUACAAGGACACAGAGGUCCCCGGACGCUGUCAAGCCAAACGGCUGUUGGAUGAGCUGCAGCUGAGGCACCACUGCUGCGGGCGCCAUGGGUACAAGGAUUGGUUUGGGAUCCAGUGGGUCAGCAGCCGUUACCUGGAUCCCAAUGACCAGGACGUGGUUGACCGGAUCCAGAGCAAUGUGGAAGGCCUGUAUCUGAUUGAUGGGGUCCCUUUCUCCUGCUGUAAUCCCCACUCACCCAGACCUUGCCUGCAAAGCCAGCUCUCAGACCCCCAUGCCCACCCCCUCUUUGAUCCCCGACAGCCCAACCUAAACCUCUGGGCCCAAGGAUGCCAUGAGGUGCUGCUGGGGCACCUGCAGGGGCUGUCGAGCACACUGGGCAACAUGCUGGCUGUUACCUUCCUGCUGCAGACUCUGGUACUCUUGGGCCUGCGGUACCUGCAAACGGCACUGGAGGGGCUCGGAGGAGUCAUCGAUGGGGAGGGAGAGGCCCAGGGCUAUCUCUUUCCUGCUGGGCUGAAAGACAUGCUGAAAACAGCAUGGCUACAGGGAGGGGUGGCCCGCAGGCCGGCACCUGAGGAGGCCCCACCAGAAGACGAACCUCCCAAGGAGGGUCUACCUGAGGCCUAGCGGCCUGGAGC